AUGUUUCGUUCAUUAGCCUCCCGUUCUCGUUUUCCACUUCGUACAUCUAUUAUAUAUGGUGAUAUCAGUUACCGUCCUGCUCCUUUAAGUGUCGUAAUGAGUUUAAAACCGCGUUACUUUGUCCCUAACCCCUUCGGAGACGGUCACAUUCGUGAUUCGGGGGGUGCUUUCUCUAAGAAGGAAAAGGCUGUUGAAGAUCAAUGGAUUAGGGCCCACGAUUCCGAGAAACUAAAGAAACUUCGUGAAGAGCUUGCCAAGCAAAAAAAGAAACUUGAAGAACUUGAAGAUAAUAUUGAAGAUCUUGAAGAAGAUAUUAAUAAAAAAAAAGAUUAA